AUGAAGCUGGUCCUGGUCUUCAUGCUGGCCGCCAUCCCCAUUUACUGCUAUGCCAGCAGUUCUGGCUGCCAUGCAAUGGAUGAUGUCAUUGCACAGACUAUUAACUCAUCGGUGUCUGUGGCUGAGUAUCAGGGUGUGGUUAAGUCAUAUGCACCUCUUCCUUAUGACCAAAAGGCUUUGGCCAAAUUGAAACAAUGUUUCCUGGACCAGUCUGAGGAGACUCUCACCAAUGUUAAAGUGAUGGUGAAUGCUGUAUAUGACAGUAAAGACUGUCCACAGUCUGCCUAAAAGUUCC